GCUGGUUAGCAGCGCUGACGAGCCUGACACGCGCGGCUUCGUUCCCGCUCUCACCACUGCCCACCUUCACCACCCCCGAGGCAUAACAGACAGUCGACGCGCACGCCCCACCAAGUCCCGACAACCUGUUCAUGCGUCCGUUCCUUUGCCAUCCCACCCAGCGCACUCAGACAUGAGCGUCUUCGGCGUCUUCGCGCUGCCCUGGACGAUCUUCAAGCUCCUUCUCAUCUCCAGCCCCUCUAGCACCUGGCUGUCCUGCCUUAUUCUCUUCCUCGUCCGCAUCUUCACUGCUCUUGUUCUCCUCCGGUCAUGGAUCAUCCCCGGACUGCUGAACGCGGCGAGCAAGCACGUACGCGUACGGACCACCAGUCUCCGUAGUAUCCGGGGCAUAUACAUUGCUGCGGGCACCUUGGAGGUCAGGAUAGAGAGGGUCAGCUGGCCGAGAUCGCCUCCCGAAGCAACAACGCGGUGGACGGUUACAUUCGAGGGGCUACGCCUACGCCUCAAGAAGCAGGAACAACACAAACCCAUCCUACUCAAGCGCCGCCGGGCAUUCUCUUUCAAGGAACUGCAGACCACAUCCCCCAAGCAAUCCAUCCGCCAAUGGUUCGCGUCCGCCUACUCCAUCCUCGAUCCCCUUGUUCGCCCGUACCUCCGCGUCUACUUCGUCGCCUGCCUGCGCAUUGUCUUCCGCUUCCUUCCCCACCUCACAUCCGCGAUCGCCUUCGAGGUCCAGGACUUCCAGGCAUCUGUUGCAGACCUCCCCGGCGUCGACGUGAGCGCGCAUCGCGUACACCUUCAAACAUUCAUCAACCUGGUUGGCCUGGAGCCGCCCGCGUCGGCGCUUAAGCACCGACGCAAGUCAUCCACGCCCAAGCCCCAGACACAUAGGUUCAGUGUGCUGCGUACGCGCAUUGCAGGCAGCUUCAGACGAUCAUGGAACGCAGCGUGGGGGCACACGCAAGGGCACAUCCAUUGGAGGUUCUCUGUGCGCGAUGCUAGGGGUUUCAUGCAGCCAGUUAGCACUGGCCGUAUAAGCGAGCUUCCGUUCUUUGACCUUCCAGGAGAAGCGCACCUACAAGGCUCUGUUGGCUUUAACCCUAUCGUCGGCUUCUCCUAUGCGCAAGCACUGAGCGUGCUUCUCAACCUCGGGAAGGUCGUAGUCGAUGUCGACGCCUGCCUUGCCGUCUUCAACGAUUGGAAAGCUGUCAAGGCGCGACUUCAGGCCAGUCAUCCUCUACCAGAAGCGAUCAGCCCGCCCCCGAGGGCGGCCAUAGUAUCCGACACGGAAGAUUCACCAAGUCCCCCGAAGACGCCAACGGGUGACGGCCUCCCUAUACCUGCAGGAUCUCCAUUUCUUGAGGCAUUGUCGUCGAGACUGCGAGGAUCGUCAUUCUAUCCGCAACCUUGCACCAAGGUUGCUGACUUCAAGGACACAUCCACCUUGUCGUUCUUUUCUUCACUUGAGUUGCGAUUGGCCGACAUAACGUUCGUCUCAGCGGAGGAUCGUCCUGCGAUCCAAGACUACGCCAUCUACAAGGGACGCCUUCAGCACAUAGUGCUGGACGUACGGAAGAGCGACCCGUUCUCCAACCCUCUGCAUCGCAAACACCUGGGACGAUCCGUGUCCCAGCUGCACCCCGGCUCAUUCAAUGUCUCAUUCAACCUCCAGGAAGUCACGCUGGAUAAGAUCAGCCGCCUCGAGGACCUACACAUGGCGAAGCUGGGGUCGAUCUCGAUAGACGGGCUCGUGUCCCAAUGGCCGUCGCCGUUCGUUUGCGCGACGCCCUUCAUGUGCGGAGACCCUAAUGCGGCCCUGCUAGCCCUUGACGUACGACUUGGCGGGAUGCAAGUAACGCAUAACGUUGAUGACCUCAGAGAUAUGUUGGAUCGUCUGGACACGUAUAUGGCUGCGAAGCGAGCUGCCGCGGGCCCACCACGACCGCCGACGCCCAUGCCUGAGUCAACAUUGAUGCCACGCGUCAUCUUCACCUUGCAUAGCGGUCCGUUCUGGGCAACAAUAUUGGGUACAGAGGGUCGCUCGCAUGCACCGACGUCUACGGAACUGCGCUGCAACGAGUUCGCCGUCUCGGCAGAGUCGAGUUUUGUUCACGAACUAUUGACUGCGGAGUCAGGUCAAGGCUAUCUCAUGAAGGCCCAGCUGCAAGUCGACAUGGACACGCUCUUCGUGAAGGUGCGACGACAAUGGAACGAGGGAAACGUUGGACCUUUCGGUGGCGGCGCGAGCGCCAAUGACAUGGACUUCCUGGACGAUCCGUCCUUGUUGACGUUCGAUGGGUUCACUAUUCGGGGUACGGCAGGCGCCUUCGCGGAUGUGAUCGAUGAUUCGCAGAAUAUGGCGACGGUGGAUCUACAUUCCCUUGUUGCCGAUGUCAAUGUCCGUGCAGAGACGUUAUGCGUGGAACUCUGGCAUCCGGACGUCCUUGCGACCACCACGCAGCUUGCCGCUCUGACCUCGCGAGACAAGCCCUCACCACCGUCCACGCCAUUACCGCCGCAGCCUGCGCAACUCAAGCCACCCUCACCUCUCGGUCUCAACUUGACUGCAUCUAUCUCACGAAUAGCGGCUCUGACGACCUCGCCGGACCUCAACCCCUCCAACGCGAUGGAAAUGGCGCUCGGUAUCGCCCUGCGCACCGGGUUAACCCUCGAGUUUGCUGCCGUGCAGUCGACACACUUGCAUCACUUCCGCAAAUACGACGAACGGGCAGAAACGAGGGCCAUACUUCGCGUAGCCGAGGAGCGCAUAGGCGAAGCUCUGAUAAACACUAAGACGAAGUCAGGUGGCAGAGCGGUGGCCACGCUGGAGCUUGAGGAGAUACACAUCCGGGACGCACUGUCGACCGAAGUGGAGUCGGAUGAUCAGACGAUUGCGGAGACGGACAGUCGCGAGCACGACUCGAAGGAAUUCAUCGGUAUCGAGAGCAUCAAGGUCAGCUACACUGGCGCGGUCCCCGGCACCUCGUCGAACGGCAGCGUCUAUGUCGCCAUCUCUGAGGCGGACGCGGAGAUCCAGCUGUCGCACUUGUACCAUACCCUCUUGGCGGCCCGCGCAGUCAAGUCCAUUCUACCACCGCGUCUCACCGAUGCGCCGCCGACUGCCACGAAGGCGAAGAGUGACAAGGCACUCGAGGUCUCGUUCUGCCUUCGCCGUGCUGAGAUUAGCUUCAUCUUGCGCAAGCAGAGGUUGACCGCCUGUCUUCGCGAUCUCCGCGCAGCGGUGUCACCGCAGGCCCCCGUAUCUGGGUCGUUGAGCCAACUCAUGGUCUGGGUGCCGCCUCCUCCGCCCCCAACGCGACAUACACAGCUGUCGGCAUCCAAUGAGUGGCAGGAGCUGUUGUUGCUUCGCGGAUGGCGUGUCUUCAUGCCCACAGUUCCCGGAUCAGCAAUCUCCAUUGAAGGCGACGCGGCCCGCUUGCACAUCCCGCAUGGCUAUAUCCUCGCUGACUUGAUACUGGAAAUCAGUCUCGCUGCCAAAGGGGCAAAGCAUCUCGUCCAUAUGACGAACGCCGGACGAUACUCGCAUAUGCCUACACCAGAAGCUGAAGGGCCGAAGAACGUGCCACCGCUCAAGAUCGACGUCGCGUACCUAUCGAUUGAGGCCGCAGAUGAUCCCCUAGAGUACUCCCUCGGUAGCAUCUUCCGCACGGUCCUGGACGGCGCGAGGCAGCGCACAGAACGGGAGAACGCUUUUGAGGCCAAGGUGGAGAAGAUUCUCGGCCAAAGCACGGCGGAAUCCGCGAAUGCGCCAGGCUUGCGACCGGACUAUGAGUUCACCGACGCGCACACGGUGUCCAUCGAGGAAGCCCGCCGUCGGCUAGAUGAAGUCAAUUUCUGGACCUACCGCACGCUGCUGGACCAACUACGCAACUCCCGCGAGGAGUCUGAGAUGUCCGUCUUGGAGAACCUUAUGGGACGGAAACGGCGCGCAGUACCCGUGCAAGUUGUCGUGGAUGAGAAGCUGAGGGUACCUCUAUUCCGCGCAACGCUAUCGAGCGUGCAAGUGCUCUUAGGUCCUCCAUCCUUCCCUAUGGAUCAUCUUGCGCAGUUCAUGCACGAGCAGGGAGAUGGACUACCGCUGGACACCGUUUUCACUUUACUGGUGCCGAUGCAUCUCCACGUCUCGGCGUCUACGGCCUGCGGUGAACUUCGCGACUUCCCCAUCCCUCUGUUGUACAUUCCACCACACUCGGACGGCGUCAGCCAUGCUCUCGAGUUCGACACCGACCUGGUCAUCGGCGAGGAGAUGGGAACGGACGCCUCAGUGGACUGGUUUGAGUGCCCAAUCUUGAGUGGGUCGCGUCGUUAUAGUAUACCGCCUCUUUCGAUAUCGGUCCCGAAGACGAUCAUGCCAGUGAAGACGUACGCGCUACCGCAAGUCCAUGUCACGACGGACUCGACGACGACAAUCUCUUGGGGUAUAAGCUAUGGUUCCACCACGCAAGACUUGAUGCGUGUCUUGGACUCUGUCACAAGCUCGCCGAGAGAUUCGUCACCUGCUGUAGGCUUCUGGGAUAAGAUCCGCUUGGUAUGUCACUGGAAAGUGAGGGCGGCGUUCAAGUACGAUGUGCGGUAUGUCAUGAAGGGCUCGCGAGACCCGGCUAGUCUUCACGGCGAUGGCGCCGGAUUUGUGCUCGUCUGGCAAGGCAAUCCGAAGAUAUUGGUUGGUCUACCGAACCCCGAUAAUGAAGUCAUCCAAGUCGUCAGCAAUUCCAUGUUCAUGGCCAUACCCAACCUAGGGCAAUGCCAGUAUGGUGCUGUGGAUAGACGUGACUUCAAGUACACCAAGGUUAUGGCCAAGCUCCGAUCCGGGGUCCGCUUCGGGCUGGGCUUCGUGUGCGAGAGGUCGUGCGGAGAGGAGUGUGAGAAAUGUGCAGGCGAUCCAUUCAAUCGUUCGUGUCGCCUAUUCGACUUCGCCCCACACUACGGCGUGUUCUUGGAGAAGAAGGCGAAGCCGCCUUUGCCCAAGACCGCGGAGGACUCGUACAACGGUUUCCGCUCGGACUUCAUCCACCUGUCGAUCUCGUUGACCUCAUGCAUUCGUCCAAUGAAGCUCGGACACCUCAAGAACUCGAGUACUCUGCAUCUGACGCCGAAGACCUUCGCGCAUUUCUGGGCGUGGUGGCACCUCUUCGACGGGGUACUGUCGCUGCCAAUUCGUCAGGGAAGCUACUAUCCUCGACGAUUGUUGACACCCAAGUUCGGACGACAUCUGGCCACCCUCAAGUAUAGGAUCUCGGUUCCCCAGCUUUACUUGAUGCACGCGUACAUUGACGACUCCCGCCAAACCUGGGUCGAAGGUGUCACACCAUGGAUCGGGGUCAAGGGGCUUCUGCGGGACUUCCAAGUCGACAUGCACCAGAGAGAUCAGGAGAUGGCGGUUCCCGGAAUGCAGCCCGGCACUACGAAAGUCAUCCGGCGGAAACCCUUCUACGCGGCCGAAGUUGCCAUCAAGGACUUAGACCUCCGCGCUGUUUUGGCGACGUUCCCUGAGCUGCUCAAGCAGGCGGUACCCGUCACCAAGCCCGAACACCGCAGUAACUACUCGUCAAGGACGGAUCUGCCCACAUCGUCUCAGUUCUCUGCCUGGUACGACUCCGAUGAUUACGUCGAGCUCGACUGGCAACCCAUUGAGAAUCCGACGUUGCACUUCCUGCCAGUGGCAAACUGUCCUUACAUCGCCUACUUUAAGCGCAAUCUGGCGAACUCCCCUCAUACCGACGAGGAUCUCAACACCAAGUUCGGCAAUGAGCACACGCACACCUGCCUCCUAAACACUCAAGCUUCUAUCCCAGAGAUCCAGAUAGAUUUGACGUCGCGCCGAGUGUCGGACAUGAAGCUGACGAUGAGCAUCUCGGAUUCCGAGUCUGAGUCGGACAAGGAGGAGGGCGAACCCGUUCAACGCAUGGUCACCUUGCUGGAGGAAUACAUAACCCAUCUCCAAGAGCAAGAAACUCGCCAGGAAACUAAGGUUGGAGAGCAAGACUACCGCCUUCCUUCCGACACCGUCUCGCCAGAUGAGUGGGCCGAAUUUGACAAUGUCAUUCAAGUCCAUUGCCCGAAGGUCUUCUUCGACAGCGCCAUUCGCGAUAUAAUGCUGCAGUACUACUACCUGUCCAGGGCACGCCGUGGGCAUGAGUACCAUCUCGCGACAAGAGCGGUCAAGUUCAUUCUCGACCAAGCCAACACGGUUCUGAAAGACGACAUCUCCGAGAGGGCUUCUUCCGAGUCUGUACACAAUCCAGCCCAAAUGGCAGCGCUUGCUCUCCGAAAGAUCAUCAGCGGAGAGAAUCGCAAGUCAUCAUCGCAGGAUGAACCGCGUGAAGCACAGGCCGUAUCCUUCGACAUGGGCGAUGUUAAUCCUUUGGAUGGCUGGCCAGAAGGCGUGUCUCUGCACAAGAGCACCGUCGGCCUGUUGCUCAAGCCACAAAUUGUGUUGCGCACGGCCGAUGGUGACAGUGACGCUAUCGCCAUUCUCGCUGCUGUGCAGGCCAAAAUGCAGACCUUCUCUAUCAUGGACGACGCCAACGCCAUGGACCCCAUCAGCGGAAAGAUCAUGUCCAGGAGUUAUGCUUCCCUCUCCGGACUUCAAAUGUUCUCGCCUGUCGACAAAGACCAAGUCGGAGAUGGAUGCGUUCCACUGGAGGUACUCAUCGACCUCCGCUGCGAGAGUCGGCUCUUCGACCGGAUCAUGCCCCAAACGGACGCGGUGUUCCAAUACGACAAGUUCAACAGGCUGCGUCUGCGGAACGGGAUCACUUCUGCCAUCUCGCCCUCGUCGAAUCAGAAGGCGGCACUUGUCGACGACCACCAUCUGCAGGAUCAGACGGAUCUCAUCCGGAUACAUUCCCCUCGUUUCACGGCCGGCGCAACGGAAAACCACUUCCAAGUCAUCUCACGCGUUAUCACGAAGGUGCUACUGUUUUCCGACCCCGCUCACAAGACGCGGCUCGACAGGCUAGAGACGCUGCUCUUCGCAUAUGACUUCACGGAUCUCCAAUCAGCUGCGAAGGUAGUUUCGUCAAUACAACAGCGCCUCCGGUCUGCCUUGGAGAUGCAACGAGCCGCAGGCUCAUUGGCCAACUUCGCUGACCCGUCUGCGCGAGUGGAGAUGCUGAAGCUUCGUGCGCACAUCUACCUGUUGUCGGAAGAGCUGAACUUGCUCUUCGAUGCCAUCAAGCUGGCGCAGGACCGCUCAGACGAUCACACCGACAAGUCUGCGGUCAUGCUGCACGCAUCAUCGUCAGAGAUCUCAUGGCGUAUGCUGGACAAGAGCAGGGAAAUGCUUGCGAAGCUCGUCAUUCAGAACGCGGAUUUCCACUGGCUCAACCGCCAGGACAGUUCGACUGUCAACCAUCUGUCCGUCGGCAACCUGCAGGCGUUUGAUGGAUCUCGAGAUGCCGUGUGGCAGGAGAUCCUGGCGAAGCACGACGAGCCGACGAAUCAUCCUCUUCUAAAGCGUGGCCUCUUUCUGUUGGCCGAUUGGACUGUGCUCGCGCCCGUUGGAGGCAUCACGAUCUACGAACGCUUCGAAGUCCAAUUGCAUCCCUUCCGACUACAGCUCCACGCUGCAAUGGGGCGCAAGAUCAUGGAAUACUUCUGGCCGAACCGCAGGGAGAGGGCAGAGCUGGAGGCCACUGAUGACGAAGCGGACGACGACGACCUCAUUAGUGAGCGCGCGUCUAUGGACGCCCCACGGACAUCCAACACCCUCACGCCACCACCUGGCUUGCGCAAGCUCGGCGCGUCUCGCUCUUUCACCGACUUGCGCAUGUCCGCGAGGGAGAACAGCACGCAGAGCCUGAAGCUGUCACCCCUGACACGCAUGCGGUCCUCGGAUGCGCUCAACAAGUUCGACGGGCAGAGCAACGGUGAUGGUGGGAAGCUGAAGAAGGCGCGGGCUGCUGCCGCACAUCGACACAAGAUGGACGCGGCGGAGAUGAAGACGCGGUCGUCGCAGAAGAGUUUCGUCUUGGUCAAGAUAUCGAGCUUGCACAUCAUGCUCAGCGUUAUGAAGGACGACUCUUUCGUCUGUCGGGAUGCGAUGAUUCGCACGCGAGAUCUGGAGUAUCGCAACCAAACUUGGAGUUUCGAGGAGUUGGUCUCGCAGUUUAUCCCGUCGAACACUUCCUGGACAGGGUGGCUCAAAAUGGCGUUCCAUCAGCCUCUCGUGCCUGUGUUCCCUGUCGCUCGCGAGCUCAUUGCGAAGACCAAGUUCAUCCCGUCCUCGUCAAAGAAUACGUCUCCAGAUGAUACGCCUCAGCUCACUCCGACUCCCAAGGCGCCUGGCCGUCCGAAACUUGGCAUACGGCAGGUGUCGACGCCGAUGUUGCCAAAGGAUCUGAAGUGGAGGCGGGCUUCUGCGCGGCGUCUACCGGAAGAGCCUGCGACAUCGUUCUCGCCAUAUAUCACCGACGAGCCUGAACCGCUUGAUGAGGAUGCCCUCGGCUCGCAGCCUCCUCGACCUGCAAGUCGGAACAGGAUGCUCAGCCUGUUCAGCCGCUCCUCGUCUUCGAAGUCAGCGAAGACGGACAGUACCUCCUCCCUGUCGUCCAAGCCUAUGUUCAGCAGGCGCCCCAGUUCGGACGGCAGAUCCAGCACCACUCGUCUUCCUGCUCGACGGUCCCAUGAUGGACCCUCAUAGAUUACAGCAUCUACUUAUCUUAUAUUGGCACCCAGCAUCUACGCACACUGUACCAUACACACGCAUCGUCACUUGCUCAUUGCUCUCGUUCAUGCAGGCUGCUCGCUAUUUGUACCCGACCUACUUACGCUAGGAUCUCUUAUUAUGCCACGCACAUAUGCGCAAUAACAUUACCCCAGAGGAUCGUUAGAUACCAGUCUUACCAGUCAGCCUACGAAACCUUGCCAAGAACAGAAGCUUGGCUACCAAUUGAUCUGCAAGGCGCCG